AUGUCAUGUUCAGUGCGUGUUAACAACAAUCUAACCAACUUCUUCGCUGUCAACAACGGAGUGAAGCAAGGGUGUAAUAUUUCACCGACGCUCUGUUCCAUCUAUAUUAAUGAUUUAGCGCAGGAAAUUAAGGACGCGCAACUCGGUAUAUCAGUAGACGAAAUCAUCAUUGGGAUUCUCAUGUACGCAGACGAUAUUGUCCUACUGUCAGAGUCGGAGGAAGACAUGCAAUCCAUGCUGAACAUAGACAUUCAGGAUCUACUGAAAGAAAGGUAUCUGGUGGCGAUCGGCGUGCACCCCAAACACAUCUUGACCCCACCCCAGAGACAGGCUUUCUUGGAGCUGUUGCGUGUCCCUGAUGUUGCCGGUUUCGGAGAAGUUGGGAUUGAUCACACUGUCCGCUCCCCAGACAUGUGGUAUCGCCAGGAGGAACAACUAAGGAGUAUGUUGCCCCACAUUCAACCCCAUCAGGUGUUGAUCCUCCACAUCCGGGGACUGAGGGAUGACCCCACCGGACUGGAAGCUUAUAUGAGGUGCUUUGACGUGGUGAGGGAAUGGGUACCCCUGGAGCAGAAAAUACAACUACAUUGCUUCAGCGGGACAGAGGAAGUGAUCAGGGUCUGGCUGGAGCGAUUCCCGAACACCUACUUCAGCUUGUCAGGGAUGGUGGCCAAGUUUAGUGAUGUUCAACGCCGGGCCGUUAAAAGUAUCCCUGCUGAUCGGCUUCUCCUGGAGACAGAUGCCCCCUAUUUCCCACUCGCCAUGUAUCCCAGAUACGAGGGGAUCUCAGCCUCACUGAGGUUUUAG